GCGGCCUUUGCUCGGAUGGCCCGCGGCAGGGCGGUGGCGGCGGCAGCGGCUUCCGGCAAAGCCCUCUUGCCUUCAACAAAGAUGGUGCUCCCCGCGCAGGCUCGGCGGGCGCCACGGGUAGUUCCCGCUUCCCAGCUGUUGCCAGAUGGAUGCUAGAGACAAGCAGCUUUUACGCUCCCUGCGCCUGGAGCUCUGCACAGAGGUGCUGGUGGAUGGAGUUGUUAUUCAGUAUCUCUACCAAGAAGGGAUUCUCACCGACAGCCAUGUCCAAGAAAUAAAAUCUCAAACCACCAGUCAGAGGAGAACCAUGAUGCUCCUUGAUAUCCUCCCCACCAGAGGACCCAAGGCUUUUGAUGUGUUCUUGGAUUCCUUACAGGAGUUCCCGUGGGUUAAAGAGAAGCUGAUGGUGAAGCGUAAGGAAAUGACAGUACAAGCUCCUGCAGAUAUAACUGAAAUUGCACCGUGUAUUUUGAAGACUUCACCAACAGAUCAGCAGCUGAACAAGCUUGCAAGGAGACUGGGACCUGAAUGGGAGCAUAUAGUUCUGUGCUUGGGUUUGUCCCAUAGUGAUAUCUAUCGAUGUAAAGUCAAUCACCCUCACAACCUGCAGUCGCAGGUGGUAGCUGCAUUUGUCCUGUGGAGACAGCGCUUGGGGAAAAAAGCAACAAUCCAAAGUCUGCAAGCUGGUCUGAUGGCAGAAGAAGUGGAUCCUUCUGUGAUACAGUACAUGCUUGAGUGAAGCCUUGCUAUUAAUUGGGAGCUUUCAAGUACUUCAUUAAAUUAAAUAAAGAGGAUUCGCUGAAAUGUAUGCUGAAGAUCUGACGCCUAAAAACAUGGGAUUGGGAUCUUAAGCUUAAACAUUACAGUUUUCUGUAGCAUCUUGUGACUUGUAAUUCUUUUCAUGCCAGAUUAGUUUUUAGCAGGCAUUAAAAAAUGGAUCACUCUUUCCUGUUCGCUUUUGUACUAUUCCAGUGGGGAUAUAGGGUGACGCUUAAAGUCCUUGCAAGCAGGAGGCCCUGCAGCGAGUUCAGCAAGGUUUCUGGUUUCAUUGCAGGAGCAACACUUGGUUUAGCCUAUUUUCUGAACUGUGUAGGAGCCUUUUUUACUGCUGUUCCGUGCUAGUUCCCUGAUAUCCCAGCAAGAAAUGAGAAUAAUCACUGUUACUAAUCUAACCAUUUAACAACAGUUAUUGCAGGUGGCUAAUUUCACAUUUAUAAAAGUUUUAGUACAUAGAGUUUCUUGCUGGGAUAGAUGGCUGCCACCUUAGUCUGCCUUUGAAACUAUCCCUGUGUGGAAGUAACAGGAACUUAGUGUGCCUGUGAGGAUUUCUCCCGCUGUUAUUUAAUGGGUGUAGGUUUCUGCAAGAAAACAGGCACUGUGCGCGUAUGGCUUCUCUCAGCAUAGCGUGAGUGGGGAGUUCUCAGGGAAGAGAUGCAGCAGAAAAGUGACCAGAAGAUAGAUAGGAAGAGGCAAACAAAGCGACAAGAGUCCUGAAAAAUGAGACAACUUCUAAGGUGUCCGUGUUUGUCUCUGCUAAUAAAUUAGGAGACAACCUGGUUCCUGCUGAGUCUUUGUACUGUGCUCUGGAUCCUGGCAGCUGUGUGUCACAGAAGUUUUAUGCUUAGGUCAAGUGUCCAAAGGCACCUUUCUCUGACCACCACAUUGCCCAACAGGGCUUACAGGUCCUUUACGGUCAAGGUGAACUCCUCACUGCUCUGCUUCCACUUUCGGCCAUGCACCAGGCUCACUUGCUUUCUACCAGCUUUUCUGCACCUACUGGGGGCAGCUUCAAGACUCCUCUCCCCAGUUCUUUGCCAGCUGUAAUUGCACCAGCAGUGUUGAUUAGAUUUUAUCCCAAAGAAGGGUGAAGCUUGCUUGGUCUUUUCUCCUCCUUCCUUCCCAUCAAGGAGAUUUUCUUCCUGGUGGAAGAAACCACUGAGUUUUUUGCUGACUGGGUGAGAGAGGAUCGUUCCACAGGGUGUGUAUCCAAAGGCAAGGAUGUGCUCAACUGCUCUCUGAGGCCUGACCAUAAGAAGCAGAAUAUAUUUUCAUUCUCCCUGAGCAGUUUGCUGUACAGUAAAUGAGGAACAAAGUCUGGAUGCGGAGUUCCCAAGUCUAUUUAUGAGCAAGUUGCAGUAGCCUGUUUCAUCUACAAAGUCAUUGCCAAGUAACUUCCCAUCCUACAAGAUCUGCUCCAUAUAAUUUAACACCUAAAUAGCUGUGUCAGAAGUCUUUAUUGGGGCAAGAAUGAACUUUACCACCUUUUUUUUUUUUUUUUUUUAAUUCUUCCUGUACUCAGAUUUUGGAAGACAUCUGGGAAAUUAGGGAAGGAAAAGAGAUUUUAAGGAAAUCCUGUCUGCCUUGACUUUCAGAAGCACAGAAAUAUCCUGGUAGGAUUAGCUCCUGCUGGUCCCAAAGUGAUCUGGUGAUAUUUUGGUUUUAAUCUUCUGUAUACAGUUCUGACCUUCAGUAAAUUGUGAUCCUGUUAUACCUCACUCAGAUCUUAACUAAUCAUAUUCUAUUAUGGCUACUUGCAGAGUUUAUCAACAAAUUCCAAAUAAACAUUGUAAAUCAAGUUAGGCCGUUGUAUUAUUUAUUUUUCUGUUUCAUGAUGCUUUAAUGCCAGCAUAUUCUUUGUCUUGGUUGAAAACCAUCCUACAGCAGAUGGUGGUAUAAUAGAUUUAUUAGGUCCUGUGAAUGACAAAAUAAGCUUGAUUUUUGCAAAAGAGAGUGGUUGGCAAAAGGAGCGACCAGCACUAGACAACUACAUCUGGUAAAACAGAUAGAUUGGGUGGUGGUCUCACAUUUGUAUCAACUAAGUGGUACCUGGGGUGAGUUGAAGACCUCACAGCCUGGUUUUACUUCAGAUAAAAGAAUGCAAAAGCAUGUACUGAGCUCCCCACUGUGAAGGCAUGGGGAAUGACUGAGUCCCUCUUCCGAUAACUCAAGCGGCCCUGCGAAGGGCCAGUCAACACAGCUAAUUGACUUAGCCAUGCCUCGCCAAGAGGUGCUGAAAGGUUUUCAGAAGAUAUAAAAUUGAUACCUGAAACCCCUUUUUGCUUUGUGGAAGAAAAAAUGACCACCUUAUCCGAUGGAUGGAUCGAUGGGCUUGGACCUCUCUUCCUCCACCAAGAAAAAAUAUCUUGGUAAGAAUCGUGCACCUCUGACUCAGAUGUUACUCCAGGAAAAUAAUUACUAACUCAAGUUUUUACUGUUAUUUGCUUUGUUAUCUAGUUGUUAACUGGUUAUAAGUGUUUAAGUGCUAAUGGAGCAGUGGAUUUAUAUAGGCAAU